UGGAGAAGUGAGGACGCUGCGAACAAACCUCAGCGAGACUCCAAAGCGCACGGCGGUGGAAAAGAACACCGGGCACGACAACCCUCUCCGCUUGCCUGCUCUCUUGUCUAGCAACGGAUGCGACGCCCAUUCUGCACUCCCUCUCCAGUUCCGUGAUGUGGGUAGUAACGGUUCUCUUGGCAAUGACUCUGAGCUGCGGGGCGCGAGAGCCCCUUCGCGAGCAGGUGGCCAUGUUGCGGAGGGAGCAGUGGAGAGACAGGGAACGCAUUGAAGCUCUGGAGCAAAAGCUCCUCGAUCGAGAUGUAAGGGAUUCCCCAAGCGAAAGCCACCAAGAUGUCGAAGAAGUCUUGUAUGAAGUGAUGAAUGAGGUUAUGAGACAGACAGAUGACUUGCUUCGGUUGAAAAACUUAGAGUCAAUGGUAUUCGCUCUCCAAGCAAGACAAGAACGAGAGGCUUCUACAGUUCGACGCCUCAGUGAAGAAUUGAAGAUUAUCAGACAACGGCAACAAAAGAUUUCAAGUCAGUUGAAUGGAAAAAAUUGGAAUAUAGAGGAAGGAUCAGGUGAGGGAUCUGGAGAUGUAAUGGGAGAAUCUUUCAUACCAGUCGAUCAGACUACAGUUGUGACUCCAGAAGUUAAUAAGAGUGAAACGGAUUUAACUGUGCUUACGACAGAUGUUUAUGAAGAAGAAAUUUCAAGCAUUGAGCUGUACGGAAAACGCUUUGAAAAAAGAUUAACCGACUUUGAGAGUCGCCUUGAAGAGGUACGAGGUAGAAUGGAACGGGCCGAAGAAACCUGUGCGAUUGUGGCUUCGAAUGCGACGAAUGUGAUGGAAAUAUCGAAAGAAAGAGUCCAGAAUAUUCAAGAGAGUUUUGUGGGUCUUCAGAAAAAUGUAUCGAAAGUAACAUUUAGCAACUACAACAUACAGGCUGCCUUGCAUGUCCUCACGGAAGACCAGGCAUCCGACAGGAGUAGAAUACGAGAAUUACAGGAAGCACAGAAAAGGACUGAGCAUGAAAUAAAUAACCAGAGACAUCGACUGACAUCAGUGGAGAUGAUAGCCACUAACAGCACUUUGCAACGAUGUCGUAGCGAUGCAAAGGACAUGAAUCGAGAUUUAAAAAUAGCAGAUCUGGAAGUGAAACUUAACCAGGCACAUCGUAGAAUGGAUGAAAGAGCUAGACUUUCAGAAAUGUCACGUAAUGCUAACGAGCAUGCAAUAAGGAGACUGCGAGACUCUGUAAGUGAAUAUUCUAGACUAACAGGUAAUAUUAGCGGAGAGCUGAUGAAAGUAACGGAACAUCAAGAUCAACUGAGGAAUGAGCUCAGCAAAUUCAUUCGACAGUUGCCUAGAGAUUGCUCCAGAGAAACUGAAAGUGGAGUGAAGUUGAUAAAUGUACCUACAUUAGGACCCACAGAAGUAUAUUGUGAUACUUAUACUGAAGGUGGACCGUGGUUGGUUGUGCAAAACAGGGCAGACGGAUCCGAAAAUUUCUAUCGCAGCUGGAAGGAAUAUCGUAAUGGCUUCGGUAAACCAGAAGGAGAACACUGGUUGGGUAAUGAAAUUCUCUAUCUUCUGACAAAGGACAGACAAAUGAAGCUUCGCAUCGAUAUGCGAGAUACGCUUGGGCACUAUCUUUUUGCUGAGUACGAUGAUUUUAAAGUCAAAUCGGAAGAAAAUUUGUACACUCUUGUGGUUGGUCGUUACAGCGGAAAUGCAAGUGAUGCCUUAAGUCACCAUUCUGGUAUGGGUUUCAGUACUCACGAUAAAGAUAAUGAUGCAUCUAGCACAAAUUGCGCUAUGCAUUAUACUGCUGGUUGGUGGUACCAACAUUGUCAUAGAGCCGAUCUGAACGGGAGAUUUGCAAUAGGAAUGACUUGGUAUGAUGAACAGAAACAUGACUGGAUACAAUUACAGAGUGUAGACAUGAAAAUUAAACCACUUGGAUCAUGACGAGGGAGUAAGAUAGCGAUUGAAAACGUGACAGCAUAAUUGAAUGCCAGAACACUCCAUAUACACUUUUUUGAAGUUUCAGUAUAGUAUUGAUGUUGUGCUAAAAAAAACAUGUAAAGAAACUGAAGCUCAAGGAUGAAUUUCAAUGUAAAAUAUAACUGAAACUGUUCAAUAGUUCAAGGACGAAUGUUGGUUACUGAAAGUCAUCGGAAUAUGAAUUUGGUUAAAUAACUGUAGACUAGACUACAUGGCAAUGUAAAACCGUCUUUCAAAUUACUGCAAAAGCAUUGCUAAUUGAACUGCACUAUAAAUGUACACACCUUAAUGUAAAUAUUAAUAUUACGUUUUUUAAAUUAAAUGUGUUUAAAUAAUUGAAA